UGAAAGUGAAAACCGUAGCUGGGAACUUUCCGUUUUAUUCCCUCGCAGGCUGCUGUGUGUGUUGUGUACGGCGUUGUGCGUGUGUGUGGUUGUUUCCUUGGUGGAGCACUUGCUGUGUAUUGUGUACUGUGUACGGACAUGUAUGUGGCGUGUAACCUGCUGAUGUAUUCCGCGUACCAUUGUUUGUAUGUCGCGUUGCUGUGAGCGGUAUAUAGCGGUAUAUUCUAUUAUCGUGUACUGCCGAUAUGAAGACCAUGGGACUUUUGCAUCUGGGAUUCAUCCUGACUCUACACAGUGUCGUGUUGUGGGGCGCCGCUGUGCCCCACUUACAGUAUGCCGUGGACAUUUUGCUCCCCUGUGACUACGCACUGCUGGAUUCUAGCAUGGGGGGGAUGGGGUUUACAAGGCAAAGCGUGACGCUGGUCCUGCAGAACGUGACGGUGAUGGGAGAGGAGCCGGCGGACCCUCUGCCAAAUUAUCAUCCUCCUGAGAACCCGGAGAUGACUGUUUUCCUGGCCACAGCCGACCUUGCCCCGCUCUUGUUUGCAGAACGCUUGCUUCAUGUGGAGUGUGAGGGAGAAAAGGUUGAAUGUGAGAUCUCGCCGAUCUAUUCCCAGUUAUUUACCGCUCACAUCCGACUACCUGAGCUCAGCAUUGCCGUCAUGGCCAGAGCAACGGUACCCAUUGAUAGACCAGACGAGCUGGCCAAUGACAAGACUGUGGUGCCCAUGACAGUGGACUUUCUUGUAUCAUCCUCUCCGCCAUCACAGAAGCGCUCCCUCACCGACGAAGUGACAUUAAAUUGUGACGUAUGGAGUAGCACUGAAGUAAGCGUGGACUGGCAUCUACAGAAGGAUGGCACCGGGCACAGAUUAAACCUUGAGGACUCCCGGAUCACUUUACAACAGGAGACACAGGAGAAGAAGGUAGCCUCGUCUCUGACUAUAAGACAACUCCAUGUCCACGAUGAGGGCACCUAUAUUUGUGCCGUGACUUCUGGACAACACAAAUUACAGCAAAUUCUCCAGCUACAGAUCAGAGAGCCUCCUCAGGUUACAGUUUCUGUGAGUGCAGACCCAAAGACCACUGUGACUUGCCGCACUGACCGCUACUACCCGUUGGACGUGGAGGUGACCUGGCUGCUGAACGGUUCUCCAUUAACCGACAUCUCCCCAAUAACCUCCAGUCAUCGCAAAAAUAAUGACGGGACCUACAGCUUGAGCAACUUCCUCCAAGUUCCAGUCCCUCAGACCGGCGCUUCUCCGGAUACUUAUACCUGUGCCGUGUCACACGUCUCAGUGACUGAUCCAAUAAUGGUUGAGGUCAAUGUUCUUCCUGAACAAGCCGAUGUGUCUGAUACUAUUAUUCUCACCAUCAUGUUCACCAUCAUCUUGAUCCUCACCCUCAUCACCUCUCUAUUUCUAUGGAAAAAAAUCCAAAGAGAGGAGAAGAAAAAAGCUUAAUAAUGGCCACAACCCAACGAGGACCGUCAUGGAAACAAACGUCUUUUGUAUAUAUUGAUGGGAAUGUGGAAGUGAAGCUCCACCUUUGGCUUACAUUGGCGCUGCAGUCGGCUAAUGUAAUAUCCACAUAUUUGUAAUUUAUUUUCAUCUGUGUAAGUAUUGUAUUAGGAAACCAUCAAUAAGCAGGUUGGCUGGUUCUAAAAGAUCACAUUAUGCCCAUCAAAGUCAACCUUCCUAAAACCUAAUGAAACCCAGGAAUAAAUACAGACCCACCUUGAAAUGUUAAAAUAGACAAGUCACUAAAGUCAGAAGACAUACACCCCUGUGUUCUUAGGGAACUAAGUACAGAGGUAGACAAGCUAUCAUUUCUAAUAUUUAAAGAGAUUCUGUCAGUUUUAACUAUACUAAACUAAUGACAGCACUAAACAGGGGCUGGAGAGAACAGCACAAACAUAGCAUUUGUGGAGCUUUUAUUAUCAGGAGUAGGCUAAAUAUGCAGUUUUAUUCUGCCAAGUUCUGCUUGUUAAGUGCACUGUAGGCGGAGCUUCACUGUGAAUUCCUCUCUGUAUUAAGCUACCAACCAGGGGCAGACAUAUCGCCCGUGCAGCCAGUUCAGCUGCACAGGGGCCCGGCGCGUGAAGGGGCCGAUUCAUACUAGUGAGCGCUUCUGGAAGCGCUCACUAGUAUGAAUGGGCCCCCUCUAGUAUGUAAGAGAGAGGCGCUUACUUACCCCUCCGGCUCCCCUUCCUCCCUGGUCUCCUCCAGCCUGACUGCGUACAGCGCGCACUAUGACCUGACGCUGUACGCAGUCAGGUCACGUGACUGUGCAGCCGGGUUGUUGGAGACCAGCAGGGCAGGCACUCACAUCAGGACACCCCGGCGGACAUGGAGAGCAGCGGAGGAGGAGAGGUAAGUUUAAUUAUUUAUUUUUAGUCUUAUCUGAGGUCUGAUGGGGGUCAGCCACAUCGAUAUGGGGGGCCUGAAUGAGCAUAUGGGGGUGUCUGAAUAAAUAAUUAACAACUGAUAAUAGGGGGGGGGGGGGGUCGGGGGUUCUGAGCAAGUGAUAUAUGGGGGGGCUGAGCAAUUGACAUAUGGGUGGUCUGUCUAUUUUAUAUCCUGGCAGACAAUGGGGGCACUAUGGAGGGGGAGGAGCACUAUAAGGGCCCCUAUCUUGUAUACUGGCACACAUGGGGGGCACUAUGGAGAAGGGGGAAAAGAAGCGCUAUGGGAGCGUCUUCUUGGGCCCUAUCUUAUAU